GGUGGGAGGUGCGGCCUGGAAGGAGUCCCAACCCCGAAUGCACCAGCUGAGCUGCCCUGCCCUGGCCCCAAGCAUUCCACCCCCCAGCCCCCACCUCCUUGUCCGGCUGAUUGAUGACUCCAGCUGUCCCAGCGGGAGCGUGAGGCGGAUGGCCCCAGCUCAAGGGCGUGGCCACUCCAUCCAUGGCCCACAGACCCCUGAGGCUGCGGCCUGAGGCCUGGCUCCACCUGACCAGCCCUGAGAUUACCAGCAAUCCAUCUUCCGACAGACUGAGCGAGCACUGGACUUCUAAUUGCUUGCGACAAGCAUCCUGUGGCACCCAGGCUCAUUACCCUUGGUGAACCAAGGUGGCAUGGCAGCGAGCACAGACAUAGCUGGCCUGGAGGAGAGUUUCCGCAAGUUUGCCAUCCAUGGUGACCCCAAGGCCAGUGGGCAAGAGAUGAAUGGCAAGAACUGGGCCAAGCUGUGCAAGGACUGCAAGGUGGCUGAUGGAAAGGCCGUGACAGGGACUGAUGUCGACAUCGUCUUCUCCAAAGUCAAGGGGAAGUCUGCUCGGGUCAUCAACUAUGAGGAGUUCAAGAAGGCCCUGGAAGAGCUGGCAACCAAGCGAUUCAAGGGGAAGAGCAAAGAGGAGGCCUUUGAUGCCAUCUGCCAGCUGGUGGCAGGCAAGGAACCAGCCAACGUGGGCGUCACUAAAGCGAAAACAGGAGGUGCUGUGGAGCGGCUGACUGACACCAGCAAGUAUACCGGUUCCCACAAGGAGCGCUUCGACGAGAGCGGCAAGGGCAAGGGCAUUGCUGGACGGCAGGACAUCCUGGAUGACAGCGGCUAUGUGAGUGCCUACAAGAAUGCAGGCACCUAUGAUGCCAAGGUGAAGAAGUGAGCCAGGGAAGGCCCCCAGCCAGGCUGCCCUUGCCAGAGGCUCAGGCCUGGGCCUGAGGGGCACAUGGAGCAAGAGAACCCAGUCCCCUCCCUGCUGGACCUGCCACCCAGAGCUUCCUGCCCAGACCCACAGGGCCAGCCCACCAGGCCUCUGACCCAGACUGCUCUGUGUCCCCUUUCUCCUCUUCUUCCCACCCCAACUUCUGUCCAUCUGGGGACAGUCUGUGCCUAUAGCCUCACCGCCCCAACCUGGCCCCGGGCAUGGCUAACCCGUGCCUGCUUGCCUCAUAUUUAAGCUGCUGCUCUGGCCAAGUGCCUAACUCUUACCUAGACCUCAAUAAAGACACCUUUUGUACCAA